UGCACAACCAUCUCAAAAACUCAUAAUUUAUAAUUAACAUGGCUUCUUCAUCAAUAUUAUUCCCCUUAUUGGCUUCCGUAAUCUUCGGCCUCGUUUUCUUCGCUGCACCAUCUUCUUCUUCGAUCACAUGCAGCGACGUGAUCAAGGAUCUGAGGCCGUGCAUCAACUACCUCAGGGGCGGCAGUGGGGCGGCACCACCGCCUUCACCUUGCUGUGCCGGAGCAUCGAACCUCGCCACGUCAGCAACCACCACAGCCGACAAACAGACUGCUUGUGCAUGCCUCAAGAAUGCUGCAACGAAUAUUAAUCUCAAUCCUGAUCUUGCUAAAGCUCUUCCGUCGAAAUGUGGCAUCUCUUUGUCGUUCCAAAUCUCGCCCACCGUUGAUUGCUCCAAGAUCGGUUAAGUCGGUCGUUAAUUAUGAACCGUUGAAGCCCAUUGGAUCGUUUAUGAUUCGAAUGAGCUUAUGUUUCAUAUGGAGUUUAUGUUAUAUGUACUAUGGUUUUGUGUUUGUUGUUGAAUAAAAUUUUACUUCUCUUCUAUGGAGAAGGUAUGUUCAAUGAGAGAUUUAUUUAUGUUUCUUGUCA